AUGAGCUCUAUGAGCUUGCGGAGCCUUGCUCCUGCCUCCAAGGUUUCUCGGAUCUUGAACAGCCAGAGACGCCUUUUCUCUUCUUCUCGGCCCGCCGCCAAGAUCUGGUCCAACGGACCGCUGCGCGCCAAGGAGUCCAAUAGUUACAUCUGGGACAAGUACCCCGUGAUUGAUCACGAGUACGAUGCCGUUGUUGUCGGUGCCGGUGGUGCCGGUCUGCGUGCCGCCUUCGGUCUGGCCGAGGCUGGCUUCAACACUGCCUGUGUUUCCAAGCUGUUCCCUACUCGCUCUCACACUGUCGCUGCCCAGGGUGGUAUCAACGCUGCUCUUGGAAACAUGCACGAGGAUGACUGGAGAUGGCACAUGUACGAUACCGUGAAGGGUUCAGAUUGGCUCGGUGACCAGGAUGCGAUUCACUACAUGACCCGUGAGGCUCCCGCCUCUGUCCGUGAGCUCGAGGGCUACGGUUGUCCCUUCUCCCGUACCGAGGAUGGCCGCAUCUACCAGCGUGCCUUCGGUGGUCAGUCCAAGGAGUUCGGCAAGGGUGGCCAGGCCUACCGUUGCUGUGCCGCCGCUGACCGUACCGGCCACGCCCUGCUUCACACCCUCUACGGCCAGUCUUUGCGCCACAACACCAACUACUUCAUCGAGUACUUCGCCCUCGAUCUCCUGAUGGAGGAUGGUGAGUGCCGCGGUAUCAUCGCCUACAACCAGGAGGACGGUACCCUGCACCGCUUCAAGGCUCACCACACCGUUCUGGCCACCGGUGGUUACGGACGUGCCUACUUCUCUUGCACUUCCGCUCACACUUGCACUGGUGAUGGUAUGGCCAUGGUUGCCCGUGCUGGUCUCCCCAACCAGGAUCUGGAGUUCGUUCAGUUCCACCCCACUGGUAUCUACGGUGCCGGCUGCCUGAUCACCGAGGGUUCCCGUGGUGAGGGUGGUUAUCUGCUCAACUCUGAGGGUGAGCGUUUCAUGGAGCGUUACGCUCCUACCGCCAAGGAUCUGGCUUCGCGUGAUGUUGUCUCCCGUUCCAUGACUCUCGAAAUCCGUGAGGGCCGUGGUGUCGGACCCGAGAAGGACCACAUCUACCUCCAGUUGAGCCACUUGCCCGCCGAGCUGCUCCACGAGCGUCUUCCCGGUAUUUCCGAGACUGCCUCCAUUUUCGCCGGUGUCGACGUGACCAAGCAGCCUAUCCCCGUCUUGCCCACCGUCCACUACAACAUGGGUGGUAUUCCUACCAAGUACACCGGUGAGGUCCUCAACGUCGACGAGAACGGCAACGACAAGGUUGUUCCCGGUCUGUUCGCCUGCGGUGAGGCCGCCUGUGUGUCCGUCCACGGUGCCAACCGCCUGGGUGCCAACUCCCUGCUCGAUCUGAUUGUCUUUGAUUUCCACCCCGGCAAGCCCCACAAGGAGCUGGCCGCCGAUGCCGGUGCUCAGUCCAUCAAGGACCUCGACUUCGCCCGCAACGCCAAUGGCACCAAGUCCACCCACGAGAUCCGCAGCGCCAUGCAGAAGGCCAUGCAGACUGAUGUUUCAGUGUUCCGUACCCAGGAGUCUUUGGACGAGGGUGUCAAGAAGGUCGCUGAGGUCGACACCUGGUACGACCAGGUCAAGACCAAGGAUCGCAGCAUGAUCUGGAACUCCGAUCUCGUUGAGACCCUUGAGCUCCGCAACUUGUUGACUUGCGCUACCCAAACCGCCGUCGCUGCCGCCAACCGUAAGGAGACUACCCCCGAGCGUGACGACAAGGAGUGGAUGAAGCACACCCUCACCUGGCAGAAGGAGGCCCACGGCAAGGUCGACCUCUCUUACCGUGCCGUUGAGGCCAACACUCUGGAUGAGAACGAGUGCAAGCCUGUGCCGCCGUUCAAGCGUACCUACUAA